AUGACGCCCCCAGAACAGCCCAAUAUCCUCUUCAUAAUGGCGGAUGACCAUGCCGCCAAGUCGAUCUCGUGCUACGGCGCCGGCAUCAACAAAACGCCCCAUAUUGACCGCUUGGCCAAAGAGGGGAUGCGGUUCGACCACUGCUAUGUCACAAACAGCAUCUGCACUCCGUCGCGGGCGGCAAUCCUAUGCGGCACCCACAACCAUGUCAACGGCGUCAGGGUCCUGGAUUCCAAGAUCGACAAGAGGCUGCCCAACGUGGCCAAGCAACUCCGCGUCGGUGGGUACCAGACAGCAAUGGUUGGCAAGUGGCAUCUCGGCGAGGGCAAGGCAUCGGAGCCGACUGGGUUCGACUACUGGAGCGUCGUGCCCGGCCAGGGAGAGUACUGGGACCCCGAGUUCAUCGAACCCGAGGGUAUCACGAGGGCGCCGGGCUACGCUACGGACAUCAUUACCGACAAGUGCCUCGAUUUCAUGCAGAAACGCGACAAGACCAAGCCUUUCUUCGUCAUGUGCCACCACAAGGCGCCGCACCGCAGCUGGGAGUACGACUCGAAGCACAAGGACUUGUACAAGGAUCCGGUUCGGCUACCCGACACAUUCAACGACGACUACAAGAACCGCGCCAAGGCCGCAAAGGUGGCCAAGAUGAGAAUCGCCGACGACAUCACGUACAACGACCUGGGGCUCGUCCAGCCCGAGGGUCCAGCCUCGAUCGUAGGGGAGAAGAUGAUCAACGCGUCGUGGUGGAGCGACCGCAAGGUCCCGGCGCCCAAGGACGAGGAGAGCCUGGCUCGAAUGAGGCUCCGGUGCAAGGAGACGGGCGAGCAGUUCACAUUCAAGACUCAGGCGGAGCUGGCCGAGUUCAAGUUCCAGAGGUACAUGCAGCGGUACCUUCGAACUAUCCAGAGCAUCGACGAUAACGUCGGACGCAUGCUAGACUGGCUCGAGGAUGAGGGCAUCGCCGACAACACGCUGGUCGUUUACACGUCGGACCAGGGCUUUUUCCUGGGCGAGCACGGCUGGUUCGACAAGCGCUUCAUGUACGAGGAGAGCUUCCAGAUGCCGUUCCUGGCGCGGUUUCCCAAGCUCGUCGCCGGCGGCAGCGUGUGUAGGGACAUUGUAUGCAACGUCGACUUUGCCCCAACCUUCUUGUCGCUCGCCGGCGUGCCGGUCCCGUCGUACAUGCAGGGCGUCUCGUUCGCGCCGCUGCUGGGGGCCAAGACGCCCGCGGGCUGGCAGCAAGUGGCAUACCACCGCUACUGGAUGCACCGCGACGUGAUCCACGAGGCGUACGCCCACUAUGGCGUGCGCGACCAGCGCUACAAGCUCAUCUACUGGUACAACGAGGACCUCGGGCUCGAGGGCACGCGGCCCGGUGGGCAGGAGAAGGAGUGGGAAUUGUUUGACUGUCAUGAGGACCCGCUGGAGCUGUUCAACUGCUACGCCGACCCGAAGUACGCCGAGGUGGUCGAGCACAUGACGAGGAUGCUAGAUGCCAAGAUGCUCGAGAUUGGCGACGAACCAAUGCACCCAUGCGCGGGGUCUUUUGUCUAG